AUGAGCAAUGUACAGCAUCUUUUGACUGAAUUGAGCGGUUUGCUUCUGGAGUCAAAAAAACGGUAUCCUGAGGUUAAGCACUCGGUAGAUGAUAUUGUCAAGACGUUGAAGUCAUAUAAGCCAACAACUCCCUUGGCGGCCAUUCAAGAUACCAAUGUCCAAUCGAAAGUAGCGCAUAGUUUAAUUCUGGCCUGUGAUACAGGGAACGUCAAGUUGAACAAUACGGCUCUUCCAAUAAUCCAGCGUCUUUUAUUGGUGCUGUUCUUGCCCAAUAGCAAUCUAAAGAGUCUAAUAAGCUCUUUUUCCGAAGCUUCACAUCUAUCGGUAGACAUUCAGUUGAAAAUACUACAAUGUUUACCGCCAUUGGUGUCUAAUUACGGCAUGUUUCUCACCGAGGACGUCAUAUUGGACUUGCUCGAUGUGUGUUCCAGUUUAACGUCGAACAAUAGGUCGCCAAUAGUUAUGAAUGCGGCAUCGGCUACUCUACAGCAAUUGUUCUCCGAUAUCUUUGAGAAUGCUAAAAAACUCAACUCGGAUGUUCCAAAACAGUACAUGGUUGAGAUUGAAGGUGAGGAACCAAUUAAGUUGGACGCUUUUUCUAAUGAAGCAUAUUUAAUGUUUCGUGAUUUGGGACUAAUCAUCAAUAACAAAAAAACGAUGCACUUUAAACAACUGAUGCAUAUCAAAGUAUCAUCAGCUUUGGAAAUUAUUGAAAAUUUGCUCCAUAGCCACAAGACCACUUUUGAAACCCAUCAAGAAUUGGCUAAUUUACUACGCACGGAGAUUGUCCCAGCAUUGUUGAAAAUACUAAACUCACAAAAUAAAAAUUUUUCAUUAAUAACUAGAUCUAUACGAAUCAUUCAGAUCUUAUUAAGUACACAAUUGCAAAACUUACAAAUUGAAAUUGAAAUCAUCAUUUCGUAUCUUAAUCAUAUGUUGCUUGAAAACAGUGAGGACCUAAAAGAUGAGGCAGCGCCAAAUUGGGAAAAAGUGCUUGUUCUAGAGAUGUACAAAAAUUUGUUUCAGGAUUUCAAUGUUAUCAAGUCCAUUUAUGAAACUUAUGAUUAUGAUGAUCAGAAGAAAGAUGUGUUGAGGGAGCUUUUCACGAUCAUGAAUGCUUACUUACAAAACAAUAACCAAUUUUGUGAUGAUAUAGUACGUUCUCCAGGAAUGGUUUUGGAACAUAGCCAACAUAACCAACAACAGCAGCAACAACAGCAGCAGCAGCAACAACAACAGCAACAACAACAACAGCAGCAGCAGCAGCAGCAUACAAACACUAGUCGAGGUCGAGUAGUACACUUUCUAUCUCAAGAAAAUUCAAGUCUCAAAACUUCGAUAUUAGAUCAUUUGGACAAGUCAGAGCCACCCUCAAACAUUCCUUAUGCGUACCCGGUAUAUUUGAUUUACGAGAUUUUAUUGCUAUAUUCCAAUGGAGUCUCCAGCUUUGUAAGCUUUCUUUCUGGUGCUGAUAAAGACCAGAAAAAUUUAGAGUCUGAUGUCGACUUUGUCAAUGCUAUUAUUAAAUCCACGGCACUAGAAGCUUCCUCCAUCUUUCAACAAUACAUAUAUACGUCAACUUCAGACAUUAUGUUUGGCAAUGUUUUGAAAUCAUUCCGAGUUUUCACGCACAGGGUUGGACUAUUAGGAGUGAACUCCAUUCGCGAUGAAUUGCUCUUGAUUUUAUCCAAAGCAAUUACAAACAACAUAAGUAAGAAAAUACAGCAGCAACAGCAACAGCAACAGCAAACACCACAAUCAUCAGCUUCAACAGCACCAUUGUCAUUACAAGAAGAAACAGCCUCUAUCUUAGAGGGACAGAAGAAACAAUUGAUGGCAAUUGGGGGUUCAUUAGUAGAUACAAUCAGUGCAACUAUGCAGUAUUCGGGAGUUGAUCACAAUGCCAAUUCAAGUGGUCCUUCUGCGGCAGUUGUAGAGAGACCAAGAUACUUUAACUCUAGACAAGUUCAGUGUUUAAAAACGCUCUUGAGCUUAGCGGCCAGUUUAGGAUCGACUUUGGGAAGCUCAUGGUCGAUUGUUUGGAUAACAUUACAAUGGUGCACAUAUUUUUUGGAGGGAUGCGACCAAUACAGUGGGGUUAUUAAUGCCAAACAACAAAAAGCUCAAGCAAGUGAUCUUCAAAUGAGUAAUAAAGACCUUAGCAUCGUUGACACUUCGUAUAGGAAACUUUUUGAGGCUAUUGCAGAAAUGUCAACAGCUUCAUUUGAAGAGCUACUUGUUUGCAUAAUAGAACUUUCCGAUGCUGCAUUGUUUUUAGAUUUAAAUGAGUUUGAAAAAUUUGAACUAAAAGAGUGUCCAUAUAACAAAACUUAUUAUUUACGAAUAGUUCUUGAAUUGUCCGAAUUAAACACUAUCAAGUUUUUCAUUGAGGACGACAAAAUCUGGGAUGUGGUCUCUGAUUACUUUACAAGAUUAGGAGCUGCCAGAAAUUUGAGUACAAAUCUAAGAUUGUUUGCUGUUUCUGCUUAUACCAAUGUUAUUCAAUCCGUGGCACAAAAGGGGUUUGAAACGGAUGUUGAUGAAAUCACCAAAAGAACUUCAAAAAAGUCAUUGGAAGGAAUGAACCUUUGCUUGCAAAAGCUCUUUCAUCGGGGCAUUCCAAAAGAGCUUUUGAUACUCAAUUGUCAAGUUGAAAUUCAUUUGAUCAUUUUGAAAACAUUACACCACUUGAUUGAAAAGUAUGAUUCUCGUUAUCAACAAUCUUGGGGCCAAGUCUUUGAAAUACUUAAUACACCAUUCAAGAUAACUGGUGAUCUCGGUAAUGGAAACAGCAGCGACAACAACAACAACAAUGAUGAUUCAAAUUUGCGACAGAAACUCCAAUCCCUUGUUGAGAAAUCGUUUGAGACAUUGAAAUUAAUUUUGGACGAAUUUUUAUCUUCACUCCCCUUCCAGCAAUUAAAAAUUUUAGUUGAUACACUAGUUGAUUUUGCAUGUCAAACAUAUGACCUUAAUAUCUCGUUUAGUGCUGUGAGUUAUUUUUGGCUUAUCAGUGAUUCGCUUAAAUCCAGACUUUUGUCGUCGAGUAAUAGCAAGGGAAUUGACUCAUUAAAGGACAUCAAUCUGGAGUCAGAAUUAGUGACUUUUAUUGAAACGAGCAAAGAGAGCUACGCUUCGUAUGUCUGUCUUGAUUUGUAUCUCUUGUUUUGUUUAGCUAAGCUUUCCAAGAAAGAAACGCAAAGAGUUCAAGUACGAGAAGGUGCUAUUCAGACGUUUUUUCGAAUUAUCAAUGACCAUGGACCGAUAUUGGAGGACAAUUGGGAUAUGAUUUAUGACAUUGCAUUUCCCUCCAUGAUUGAGAUAUGCCCUGAACAACACUACUCUAAGGAAUGGGAAGAAACGUUAGUUUUAUUAUUGGGAGGGUUUACAACAAUGUAUCGAAGAUUCUUUUGCAAUCAUAAUGACGGGAAGAAAGAAGAAGAAAAAGAGGAAGAAGAUCCAAGGAUUUGUUCUAGAUGGAAAGUAUUGGUUGAUUACAUGCAAAAAUUGUUACAAAAGAAUUUGAUUGAAAUUAAUUUGAUUGUAUUCAAGGCAUUUCAAGAGUUACUUCAAGAACCCAGAGGAUUUUUUAGUCAAGAGGUAUCCUACAUGCUAUUCAACUUAUGGAGCAGCAUAUCUAUUGAAUAUGACUUGGUGAAUCCUGAGUAUCAAGAAUCGUUAGUCCAGUACAUGAAAUGUUUUCCGCUGUUGUAUCAGAUUCUCAAAUCUAAUAUAACACCCAAACAAAUCAGUAUUAUUGUGGAUUUAUUCAACAAGAGUGCAAGAUACCCUGUGUUACCGCAGCACCAAUCCGAUGAUAUCAAACCAUCCAAACUUCAAUCGUCUGUUUUGUAUAAUAUAGGUGAAUUAGAUGCUGGCGAACAAGUCAUUCAGCCUGCUGUCGUUCAAUUAUUGACCAAUAUCAUUGUAUACCCCUUUGGUGUCAAGUCACGUAUUCAGCAGAAAUUGUCUACAAAUUCAGUUGUCAAGAACAAUUACAGGAUUCCAACCUUCAUUGCCAUAAGUCGAAGUGCGCUUGAAUUAAUGCAAGUUAAAUUUGAAAAAUUUGGCUACUUGGAGUGUUUUGAAGAUGACCAAGGAUUAACGAGGUGUAUGAGAUCGUUACUUGAGAUAGUAGAGAACAAGGAAAACGAAAGUGUUCAAACAAAUUCACCUACAUUAUGGAUCAAGAGUCAAGAAAUUUUGCGAGGUUUAAUCAAGGCACAAUUAGACAAGGAAGAUAUGACUACAAGCGAUGAGCUUUGGAGUUUGUUUGUAAAAAGUUUAACAUUGACUUUUAAGAAUGAGAACACGAGAGCUGGCUCUCUGGAUGAAGCUACAAAGAUUGUCCAAUAUUCUCAUUUAAGGGAUAUAGUAUUGACCAAAUUGGUAAAAACGGAUAAGGCUCAACUAGUUGAAAGUUUUUUAUUGGAAAUUUACAACAACUCCUAUAUAUAUGGGUUGAACGAAAUGGAAAAAAAUUUGAUAUUGGAUGGCGUUGAAGAUGACGACAAUCUUAAAGCAAUAGACAGAUUCACGUCAUUCAAGUUUGACGAAUUUUUUGGCACGACGGAACCUUUGCAUCUAUUACCCAAUACUGAAAUAAGGUUCAAUUGCCUUUAUGAACUUUAUAAGCUUCUCAAAUUAGAAACCAGUUGUAAACUACAAAUUGAAAUCUAUUUCUUGAGAAGAAUUUGCUUUAGUUUGAGAAGAGCUGUUGCCGAUUUGAAAUUGACCUUAAAGUGUCCUUUACCAAUCCUACAAUUGGAAGAGUUGAAUUUAAUAAUUCAAAUGUUGACGGACUUGCAAGUUUCUGAAGAGAAUAAAAAAGAAUUUGCAAAGCUACGCAUCUUGUUGACUCAGUUGAUACCUCAUGCUUAUAAGAUUCGAGGGUUGAGUGAAAAGUUGCCUCAACUAUUAUUGUCGGUUGGGGCUAUAGGUAAUAGCUGCUAG